CUUUACCUUUGCCUCUGGCAGCUGUGACCUGCCUGGAAGGAUACGAUCGAACGAGCUGUAGUUCCUUAGCGUGCAACUCCUGCGUAGCCAGUCAACGAUUUGCUUCAAGCCUCGAGAUCUACGUCGUUGUUGUAGUGUCAUUCGCUUCGCGCCUCGAGAUCUCCGAAGCUAUACUGGAUACUGUGGAUACGAAAUACCGUGUCGACAUCUUUCAUUGUCUUCGGAAUACCAGGGUACGGGUGAAGCGAACGACUCGUUCUUACCUUCCCAAGUUCUUUUCCGAACGAGCUCCGGCGCACCGGGCCUGUCUUCUCCGGAAUUCCGCGACACGUGGCUGUGGAGUCUUCUGGUGCUUGGCUGAGAUCGCAGCAAUCUGUUGAGUUGCCUGAUUUACCUGGUGCGUCUUGUCCGCUACUGGCGCUAGCAGUGGUAUUUGCACGAUGCUCCUGUACGUGGAUCUACCGGAAGGUGGACGGAUAACAGUCGAAGUCCUAGAGAGCGACACGGUAGCGAACUUGAAGGAAACAAUUGCGUUCAAGGGCGGUCCGGCGGCGAAAGAUGUAGACCUGUUCCACAAUCGUCAGUCGUUGACCGACAGCCGCACCAUCACUCAAUGUGGUCUGAGGCCGGAGACGAGACUUGCGGCACGCGGAAAGUCCACGGCGGCCGCCCAGGAGGGAGCGCCGCUACUGAGCGGAGGCGGCGGCUCGGGAUCUGGCCGCAAGUGCUGCACUAUACUGUGAUUGUGGAUGUACGCGGCGGCACCGUACUGGUUGCAACUCACCCGGACGAGACACAGGCACUGUUGGAAGCUGCAGUACGGGCAUCUCAACAUGCCGUGUACGUACGGGCAACUGUCACGGACAGCGUAUUGGGUUCUCUGAGGUCUUACCCACUGGCACAGACUAGCUUUGACGUGAACACUUUCAUGUGACACGCGUAUGCUGUGCUGUUCCAUGCCCUGUAUCUUUGUGGGAGAAGCUAUAAUUCUAACCCCGGAUGAUGCUACUACAUACAUGUAUUCCACCGAGUACAGCUUGCUGAAUGCUUUGCUACUGCCGCCGCUGCUGCUGCUGUCCGUGGUACUGCUCCCCUUUCUGCUGCUGCUGGUAUUGGCCAGUGAACCAAGUCCCACGCCAGGCCUUGGGCGGGUCAGCUGUGGUGUUUGUAGGGUCUGUAAAGGCACUGGCCAUUAGCACGCACUCUAUGCACACUUCUUGCUGCGUUGGAAGAGACUCCCAUUUUUAUUAGGGUGACUUUAGCCAAAUGCAGAAUAAUCCAGAAUCCUCUCUCUCUCUCUCUCUCUCUCUCUCUCUCUCUCUCUCUCUCUCUCUCUCUCUCUCUCUCUCUCUCUCUCUCUCUCUCUCUCACUCUCUCUCUCUUUCUUUCUCCUGCUCUUUCUCUCUUCUGCCCCAGAAAGCUAUGCCUGUCAGUCAAGGUGUCUGCUGUACAUGUUGACAAGCGACACAUGGCCGACACAUGGCCAUUUUCUAUGAAUUUUACGUUGAAGAAUUUCUCCCCUUUUGUACUAUACACGUACAGUUAUGACUGUAUCAUUGUUCUCAGCAGAGACGAGGUGUGUCACGAACCACUUGCUUGUAGAAAAUAAAAUCGAGUUCGUAUACGAUAAUAUUUUACUCUACUCUUCCUCCCUCUCUUUCUUCCCGUCUUCCAAUUUCAUCUGAAAUUCACAGUCGACUAUUAUGAUAAGAUUUUACGGCUUUAGUAACAUCUACCGGUAUUUGGUACUACAUGAAAAGGGAAGGUUGUGAACAGA